AAUCAGCUGAUAUCUGGAGUUCUGUAAUGUGGAAACAUCUGGAGAGAACAAGUCGUAAUUUCACUGCUUUGCAGUCAGGAGUGGCUGCUGAGCGCCACGAGUUUAUUUCAAUUAAUAUCGUUUUUCUAAGUCAUCACAUCAGGAUCAACGCGGUGACCUCUCCACGCCGGUGCUGCGUCACCCUGCGUACGCAGAGGGGCGCUACCUGACCGCGUUAUUAUACGAAUUUUGCCAAACUUGACGUGAGGAGCGGCCUCAGGUACCCCCAAGUACUGACUGACACGGGAGAGUGUGAAAGGGUCAUUAGAAGAAGGACUGAGUGCUGUGAGCGCUCUGCACGAACUUUAACGCGCAGUCAGACUGCGAGAGAGGGAGGCGACUGUGAGCAGCUGCAGUAUGAACGCCCCUCACACGGACCGCCCGUGAAUCACUUUUUCCAUGUGCCGCGGAGCCGCCUCAGCCCGGCCUCCAGCUUUCCCUACAGAAGACCCCCUCCCUCGGCUCAGCGCGAAGCGGAGCUUCAGUGUGAGUGUUCACGUUACGGAGUAACGGCCCGGACAGCGAUCGGCCACCUUAGACCAAAUGGAGUGCGUCUGACAUCGAGCCAGCCUUCGUGCCGUGUGCGCGGCGUUGACGUGCUCUGCCAUGGAUCUUCAGGUGGUUGUCUGGCUCUUCUACUGCCUUCUGCUGCCCUCCGGCCUCUUAACAGCUUGUCUUUUUCGCCUCAACAUCCUGUCAUUGGUUUACUUCUUGUACCUGCUGCUCUUACCGUGGUUCCUGUGUCCCAACAAACACACCAUCAAAGGUCACACAGGACGCUUUAUCAGAGCAAUAUUCUGCACCAGUCUGCUAUUUGUACUGGCUCAUAUCUGCUUCCAGACAGUACUAUACACAUAUCCUCCUCUCAACACUGCAAUAGGUGAUAACUGUUCACAAUGGAAUACCAUAAGCAGACAUAUAGGACUGUCAAGGCUUCCCUUGGAAGACCCUUGGAAAGUGGCACGUCUCCUGUGCCCAGACCUUGGUGUGUGUAUACUUGCAUUGGUAACAGUCAUCCUCUGCAGCAGAUUGGUCAGGAACAGAGAAAUGGUGGCUGCUGCCAACAUUACAUCGCUAGAACAUAAUUCAACAGACGACACAGAAGACGUUGGGGAUGAUGAUAACAGUGACUGUGAUGAUGAUAAUGAAGAAGAGGCAACAGGAGAGGAAGAUGAAGAAGAGAGGUCAUUAGCUGGUGAUGCUGAUGAGGUUUCCACAGUAACCAGAGCCAAGCAGUUGGCUGAGCAGUUGAAGGCUACAGCCCAGAAAGUUCUGCGGGACCUGGGGAGGAUCUUGGCGAUUAGCCUGCUGGGUCUUGCUGGGAUCACACUGCCAUCUGCCUUCUCAGCCAUUUACUUCCUGCUUUUCAUUGGUAUUUGCACUUGGUGGGCAUGUCAUCUUCCCAUCAGCCACCUGGGUUUCAAUGCGCUGUGUGUGAUGGUGGGCUUCUUCACUGCUGGCCAUAUGGUGUGUCUGUAUUUAUACCAGAGUCUGCUGGCCCAGGCCCUGUUCCCCCCACAAAGCCUGUGGGCCAGACUCUUUGGUCUGAAGGACAUCAUCAUACCAGGAAACUGCACCCUGCCCUAUGACCUCAAUCUGAACAGCAGUCAUGACUGGCCAGUUUAUGUCAACCCAGGAAUCCUCUUUUUGCUCUAUACUACCAUAGUGACUGUUCUCAGAACAGGACGUCACGGAGGCUCUAACGCGGAAAAGCAGCAACAGGAGAAAAGACGCGAGAGGAAAGAAGAGCUGGUGGAAUUACAGCCUUGGAAUGAACAAAAAGACGACUAUGAAGACGACACACAGGUCGUACUCUUGUCUGUACCAACAGAAAGCGGAGGGACUGUGACCGAAGACAGUCAGCCCUAUCUCGGUGCAGAGGCGAAUGUGGCCUGCAGUGGGAAACGGGGUGAAAGCCCAUUCUUCCUGCUGGGAAGAGUGGUCAUGCAGCAGAGUUACGUCUGUGCUCUCAUAGCAAUGAUGGUUUGGAGCAUCACAUACCACAGCUGGUUAACCUUUGUGCUGCUGCUGUGGGCGUGUCUCAUUUGGAUCCUGCGUGCGAGGCGACAUGCAGCCACAUUGUGCUCGCCAUUCAUCCUGCUCUACGGCUUGGCUCUGUGCUGUCUGCAGUACGUCUGGGCCAUGGAGCUUCAACCUGAGCUGCCCACCACAGUGGGAACCAUGAGCCUCGGACAGCUAGGACUGAAUAGAACCCAGUACCCCUGCCUCAGACUGGGAGCUAUGCUUUUAUUUACCUUAACCUUUUGGCUGUUAGUACGUCAGUCAGUGAAGGAAAACUUCAGCAGGAAAAGGAAAAUAGCCACACCACUACAGGAAGUCACUACAGGAGACGAGGAGGCUGGUAAUGAAUCUGUGCUGAAGGUUCUGGGAGGCAUGGUGAUGAGCUGCUAUGCCAAAUACUGGAUCUAUGUCUGUGGAGGGAUGUUCAUCAUGGUGUCCUUUGCUGGAAAACUUGUUGCAUACAAGAUCAUCUACAUGCUGCUGUUCCUGCUCUGCAUGUGCCUUUAUCAGGUUUACUAUUCUCUGUGGAGGCGCCUGCUGAAGCUCUUCUGGUGGCUCGUUGUGGCCUACACCAUGCUUGUGCUGAUUUCCAUCUACACUUACCAGUUUGAAGACUUCCCUGGAUACUGGAGGAACUUGACUGGUUUCACAGAAGUACAGCUGGCAGCGAUCGGCCUGGAGACCUUUGCUCUGUCUGAACUCUUCACUAGCAUUCUGAUCCCCGGCUUCUUCCUGCUGGCCUGUAUCCUACAGCUGCACUACUUUCACAAGCCGUUCAUGAGAAUCACUGACCUGGAGCAGAUCACGCCCAUACACAGAAAAAAGCGCAGCGGCAGGGCAGACCAGACUGGCUCUGCUGAUGUGCAAACGAACCAUGACGAGGACCUUGUUGCAAACACUGAUGAUGACUCUGAAGAUGAAGUGGAGCUGAUGCCUAGUAAAUGGGGUCUGGUGAUGGACAGGUUACUGGAUCUUUCCAGAAGAUUCUCUGACAUUCUCACCACAAUUCAAGAGUUUCUCUGGAGGCUUCUGGAGCGUCACAUCCUCAAGAUGGUGGCCUUCUUCGCUGUAUGGGUCGCCCUCGAAGAGCCAUCCGUGAUGAAUCUGGUCCUGGUUGUCCUCUGGUCUCUGGCGAUGCCUUAUGACCGUUUCAGAUCCAUGGCGUCCUGCCUGUCCACAGUUUGGGUGUGCGUCAUCAUUGUGUGCAAGAUGUUGUACCAGCUCAGUGUUGUUGACCCUGACGACUACUCCCGUAACUGUACCAUGCCUCUUGCAAAUGAAACCAACCUGUUACCAGAGGAAAUGAAAAACUCUUCCUUGUAUAAGGAACCAGUGGAUCCCGCCAAAUGGUUUGGCAUUAGGAAAGAUGCUACAGCACUCGGAUACAGCAAGAACCAUUUAAUUGUGCUGAUGUUGUUGGUUUUUGAGGCAACAGUGUAUCGACACCAGGCUCACCAUUACCGACAACUCCAGCGUUCCCCGCCCGUCAUCCCGGCGCUCUUUCCUGGCGCCACAAGAGACACUUCAGACCAGGGCCUCAUAUCCUGCUUCAAGUAUCUGCUUAACUACACUUUCUACAAAUUUGGAUUAGAGAUUUGCUUCCUGAUGACUGUGAAUGUGAUUGGACAGAGGAUGAAUUUUUUAGUGAUAAUCCACGGCUGUUGGUUAGUAGCAAUCUUAGUGAGGCGGAGGCGGGCAGCUAUUGCAAGGAUCUGGCCAAAAUACUGUCUCUUCCUGUCCAUCAUCAUGAUCUACCAGUAUCUGCUGUGUGUGGGCAUACCGCCAGCUCUCUGCAUAGACUACCCAUGGAGAUGGAAGAGUCCAGUGUUGAUGAACUCAGCUCUCAUUAAAUGGAUCUAUCUGCCUGAUUUUUAUACUGUUCCAAACUCCAGAAAUCUCAUAGCGGACUUUGUGCUGCUGAUGUGUGCAUCUCAGCAGUGGAAGGUGUUUGAGUGUGAGCACGUGGAGGAGUGGAUGGUUCUCGCAGGAGAGAACACAGAUGAACCAGAACCAAUGGAAGGUCGAUUGUUCAACCCUGCACCUAAUUUCAUGAAUUGCAGGAGUUACCUGGACAUGGCGAAGGUUUUGGUGUUUCGCCACUUCUUCUGGUUUGUGUUGUCGGUGGUCUUUAUCACAGGGUCGACUCGCAUAUCUGUGUUUGGACUGGGCUACCUGCUUGCUUGCUUCUUUUUUCUGUUGUUUGGAACGCAGCUAUUGGGCAAACCAUCCAGAACUCGCCUCAACCUGUGGGACUGUCUCAUCAUCUAUAAUGUGGCAGUCAUCAUAUCUAAAAAUCUCUUGUCUAUCCUGGCAUGUGUGUUUGUGUUUGAGAUGCAGAAGGGCUUCUGCUGGGUCAUCCAACUCUUCAGCUUGGUAUGCACAGUCAAAGGAUACUAUGAUCCACAAGCAGUUAGUGACAAGACGUGCAGUCUCCCAGUAGAAGAAGCCGGAAUAAUGUGGGACAGUAUUUGCUUCCUGUGCCUGCUGCUGCAGAGAAGGAUCUUCCUCAGUUUCUACUUCCUUCAUGUGACAACUGAACUGCAGGCUUCUGCCAAACAGGCCUCGAGGGGUUUCGAGCUCUUUAGAGCCAGUAUUGUGAAGAACAUCAAGUUCCACCAACAAGCUGAGAAGAAAUCGCUGUCGCAACUCAAGAGAUCGAUGCAGAGAAUUCGAUCCAAGCAGCAGAAGUACAAAUAUGGACACAAAAUAAGUGAAAGCUCCAAAGAAAGCCCGGCUGUCGAUGAUCCAGAGAUGCAGACAGGAAAAAAGAGGUCCAGGAAGAAGCUGUGGUACCAGCCGUGGUUGGACCAUGCUGCAGUGCUACACUCAGGAGACUAUUACCUGUUUGAAUCUGACAGCGAGGAUGAAGAUGAGCUACAGUCUGAAGAACAGAAGCCUCAGAAACAGACUGCCUGUCAGUUGGCGUAUCAGGCAUGGGUGACUAGUGUGAAAACAGCUCUGAGAGAACGGCAGAAUCGACAGGGUCGACUGAAGAGAACUGAGGGAGACGAAAGAGCUGAUUCACACGAGGCUCUGUCAGUAAAAGGCUCUGGGGAUGAUGAUUACGAGGAACCCAUCGUUCAGGAUGGGGAGUCAAAGCAACAAGAGUCUGGUCGUGGUGAGACGGUGCAGAGGAUCUUGGAUAUUCUGCGUUUCUUGGGGGCGAUAGUGCUGGCGAUGGUUGAUGGACUCACUCAGUGGCUUAAUUUACUGACUAAACAGUACAGAGAGAUUUCUACUGUUUUGUGCAAUGAGCGCUACUUCAUCAUCCAAAAGAUUCAGCAGCGCGGUUCAGCAGCAGACUCCAGAGAUGAUCAGGAAUCUCAGGGCAGUGAAAGCUGCACCCUGGAGACGUGUUUGGACGACACCGAUGCAGAAAAUUCUACCAGGUGCCUGGAGGAUAGCAUAAACCAGUGUACCCCCAAGCUAAGACUCAACAGCAGUGGGAAUAUCCUAACUCCAAAACCGCCAUCCAGCAGUACGGGACUGAUCCCAGACUUAUCCAACCAGCAGCAAGGCAGACACUCCAGAACAGCCAGUGAGCUGCUGGGAGACAGGCAGUUUUUGAUCGAGGAGUUGGAACAGAGCAGAGAGUUUUUUUCCAGCCAGAGCCGUCUGCUGAAGAUGCUGUUUGCCAUGUACAACCUGCUGUCAGCCAACUCUGAGCUGGUCUGCUAUUUCAUCAUAGUGUUAAAUAAUGUGGUCAGUGCCUCCGUCAUAUCGCUGGUCCUGCCCAUACUGGUGUUCCUGUGGGCUAUGCUGUCUGUUCCAAGACCAACCAAAAAGUUUUGGAUGACUGCUAUAAUCUACACGGAGGUUAUGGUAGUGGUGAAAUAUAUUUUCCAGUUUGGAUUUUUUCCUUGGAACAGUAGUUUCGAGAUGACCCUUGAUAAGCCUUUCUUCCCACCUCGCAUCCUUGGCCUGGAAAAGACUGACAACUACAUCAGAUAUGAUCUUCUUCAGUUGCUGGCUCUGUUUUUCCACAGAUCCCUGCUGAUGCGGUAUGGCCUGUGGGACCAUGAAGGCCCCAUGGAGGAUCACAGCGCUUCUCCAGAAACGUUUAAUGUUGGAGUUAAAACUAGAGAAGGAGAUGAAGAUGGAAAGCAAAAGGCAAAAAGAAAAAAAGAAGAGAGAGAGGAAGACGGAGUCAGUACAGCCUCCACGCUGGAAAACCUGGAAAUAACUGAAAUCAGCCAAAUUAAAAAGCCCACUGAAUCAACACCCACUGGGUCGCAAGAUACACCAGGAGAAGAAAUCCUGCCUUGGGUGAAGAGUAUCCAGCCGGAUAAGAGGGAAGGAGACGAUGAGGACGUGACAGAAGAAGUCCCAAAGAAGAGAAGCAGCAUCAGGUUCCGCAAGAAAAUAAAAACUCCUAAACAGCAGCACGGUAAAGUGGAGUCCAGUGGAGCUGAGACUGUUGACUCCAGUAAAGAAAUGAUGACGAAGAAUCAAAAAGGCAGGAAGAGAGAAGCAGCCAGUAAGAGAAUACGGGAUGUGGGACACAAGAUAAAACAUGUCUUCAUUUACGGGCUUCAGAGUGUUUACAGGCCAGCUCAGGGUUUCUUCAGGGAUAUUCUGCACUCUGAGUACCGGACUGCCACCGAUGUCUAUGCACUCAUGUUCCUGACCGACGUCAUUGACUUCAUCAUCAUCGUCUUUGGCUUUUGGGCUUUUGGGAAACACAGUGCAGCAGCUGAUAUAGCGUCCACGCUGUCAGAAGACCAGGUGCCGGAAGCUUUCCUGGUGAUGCUGCUCAUCCAGUUCAGCACUAUGAUCAUUGACCGAGCGCUAUACCUGCGCAAGGCUGUCACGGGAAAACUCAUCUUCCAGGUGAUCCUUGUUUUUGGGAUUCAUCUUUGGAUGUUCUUUAUCCUGCCCGCUGUCACUGAAAGGAUGUUCAACCAAAACUUUGUGGCACAGCUCUGGUACUUUGUCAAGUGCAUUUACUUUGGCUUAUCAGCUUAUCAGAUCCGCUGUGGGUACCCCACUCGUAUCCUUGGCAACUUCCUUACCAAGAAAUACAACCACCUCAAUCUGUUUCUCUUCCAAGGGUUUCGCCUGGUGCCCUUCUUGGUGGAGCUCCGAGCAGUGAUGGAUUGGGUUUGGACCGAUACCACAUUGUCUCUGUCAAACUGGAUGUGUGUGGAGGAUAUUUAUGCCAACAUUUUCAUCAUCAAAUGCAGCCGUGAGACAGAAAAGAAAUACCCACAGCCUAAAGGGCAGAAGAAAAAGAAGAUAGUGAAAUAUGGCAUGGGUGGACUUAUUAUCUUCUUCUUGAUCUGCAUCAUCUGGUUUCCCCUUCUCUUCAUUUCAUUGGUCCGAUCUGUCGUGGGUGUGGUCAACCAUCCCAUUGACGUCACAGUAACUGUCAAGCUGGGUGGAUAUGAGCCCCUGUUUACCAUGAGUGUGCAGCAGCAGUACAUCAAGCCCUUUUCAGAGGAUGAAUAUGACCAACUCGCCAAAGACUUUGAAGACAAUGCUGUCGCCAUGCAGUUCAUCAUUCUCUACAGUUAUGAGGACAUUGUGACAGCCAUGAUUGAGGGUAGUUCUGGAUCUGUUUGGAGGAUCAGUCCCCCGAGCAGGCAGGAAGUCAUUAAGGAGUUACUCGGUCCUGUUGACCUCACACUUCGCCUGUCCUGGAAUUUUCAGAGGGACCUGGGUAAGGGUGGAACAGUGGAACAUGCCUUUGAUAAGCAUUCCAUCGACCUGGAACCUGGGAACCCAGUCAGAGCAGACUUGGCUUCAUUGCUGGUUGGCAACCGCACUGAGCCAGUGCUUGUUCCCAGUAUGUUUCCUAAGUACAUCCGUGCCCCCAAUGGAGCUGAGGCCAAGCCAGUCGGUCAGCUGCACGAAGGUAAUGAAGCUGGAUACAUGGAUAUAACCCUGUCACUAAAUAGCAGUGGGAACCAGGAGUGGUGGGACAUUGCUAUUGCGAACUGUGACUCCUCACAGUGUGGUGUACUACCCAUGGUCAUAUUCAGUGACAAAGUCAGUCCUCCCAGCCUGGGCUUUCUGGCAGGAUACGGUAUCAUGGGGCUGUAUGUGUCUGUGGUCUUAGUCAUUGGGAAGUUUGUCCGUGGCUUCUUCAGUGAGAUCUCCCACUCCAUCAUGUUUGAGGAGCUGCCCUGUGUGGACCGCAUUCUCAAGCUCUGCACUGAUAUCUUCUUGGUGCGUGAGACAGGGGAACUGGAGUUGGAAGAGGAACUUUACUCCAAACUGAUCUUUCUCUAUCGAUCUCCUGAGACUAUGAUCAAAUGGACUCGGGACAUUAUCAGUCAACACCGAGACGGGCAAUGAUUGACUGCCUGAGAAAUCAUGUUUCCCUGGG